AAGACAUUAUUUGAUAAAAAGACGAAGUAACAUUGGUCCUUCGAGCGGAUAACAAGUCCUUUGGUGAAGAAACAGUUCCAGAGGAGUUUUGAGACAUGCCAAAUACAAGAAAGACUGCAGGUACCCAUAGUAGACUAAACCCCAGUUAUAGUGGCCACCUGCUUUUGGAUUGUUAAGACGACAUUCAGUCAGUGUCAUGUCGAACAAAUCAGAAAUUGUUCAGAGCCAAAAUAUAGAUGAAAUUCAGACAAAUCAUAUAAUGGACAAACGAGAGGAAGUGAACAAGGUGAACUCAAGCCAGAAAGACAAGCAGAGUCGAUGCCUAGAACCCAAAGACGUCGAUAGUGUUUCCCUUCGUAAAAAAAGACAUGCCGUUGAAGUCGAGAAGAUCAGACAAGCGAUCGAAAUGAAGAAGCUAGAAAAUCAGCUAAAAAUCUUAGAACUAGAAAAUGAAGUUCGAGAGACUGAAAUUGAAGAACUUCAAGGAGACCGAUCUCAGGAUGCCAGAGGCUGAAAACCAUUCUUUAGAGAAGACAAGAAAAUGGAUAAAUGAUUUGCAUUCGCCCUCCAAAGAUGAAAUCCAGCCAUAAGAAGGAAAUGAAGAAAUAUCUGAAAUCAGACAAUUAUGCAAUACCAUCAGUGAAGCCAUAAAGUCUGUUGCUAGUGCUCCAAAGCAAAAUAGAUUUGCAGCAAGGCAAGUUGUGGACAAAGAUUUCUGUAUUUUUGACGGCAAUUCCGAAGAAUGGCCAACAUUCAUUUCACACU